CCAAGCCCGGAGCGUGCACGCACCCAGACGCCUUGCGGGAGCGAGCGCGUCCGGUAUACCGUGUGUCGGGAAGCGCAGCAGCCUUGGAGUCCCGCGCCUUCUGCUGAGAUUACCUGUGGAACAUAAACAAUGGAUUCCUUGGACCAUAUGCUGACAGAUCCCCUGGAACUGGGUCCAUGUGGAGAUGGCCAUGGCACACGUAUUAUGGAGGACUGCCUCCUGGGGGGUACCAGGGUUAGUCUGCCUGAGGACCUUCUAGAAGAUCCGGAGAUAUUCUUUGAUGUGGUCAGCCUCUCUACAUGGGAAGAAGUACUGAGUGACUCUCAACGGGAACACCUCCAGCAGUUUCUGCCUCACUUUCCUGAAGACAGUCUUGAGCAGCAAAAUCAGCUCAUCCUGGCCCUGUUCAGUGGGGAGAACUUUCGCUUUGGAAACCCUCUGCACAUUGCCCAGAAGCUUUUCCGAGAUGGACACUUUAACCCUGAGGUGGUCAAGUAUCGGCAGCUAUGCUUCAAGUCACAGUACAAGCGAUACCUCAACUCUCAGCAGCAGUAUUUCCAUCGGCUGCUAAAGCAGAUUCUGGCUUCCCGGAGUGACCUACUGGAAAUGGCCCGGCGGAGUGGCCCAGCCCUUCACUUCCGGCAGAAGCGCCCUUCACCAUCCCGCACACCUGAAGAGCGGGAAUGGCGAACCCAGCAGCGCUACUUAAAGGUCUUGAGGGAAGUGAAGGAGGAGUGUGGUGACACAGCAUUGUCAUCUGAUGAAGAGGCCACGUUGGAUUUACAAGAAAAAUUUUCUUUUGAAGAUCUCAGCUCAUGGCUUCCGAGCUCUCCAGCGCGUUCUCCUAGCCCUGCGGUGCCCCUGAGGGUGGUGCCCACGCUUUCAACCACGGAUAUGAAAACUGCAGAUAAAAUAGAACUGGGGGACAGUGACCUGAAGAUAAUGUUAAAGAAGCACCAUGAGAAGCGGAAACAUCAACCAGAUCACCCGGACCUUUUGACGGGGGACCUGACUCUGAAUGACAUCAUGACUCGAGUAAAUGCUGGCAGGAAAGGUUCUCUAGCAGCCCUAUAUGACUUGGCUGUCCUUAAAAAAAAGGUUAAAGAAAAAGAGGAAAAGAAGAAGAAGAAAAUAAAAAUGAUCAAAUCAGAGACGGAGGAUUUGGCUGAGCCCUUAAGCAGUACUGAAGGGAUCCCACCUCUGUCACAGGCUGCAUCUCCACUGGCAGUACCUGCUAUCAAGGAGGAGCCUCUUGAAGACCUCAAGCCUUGCCUUGGAAUCAAUGAAAUAUCUUCCAGCUUCUUCUCUCUUCUAUUAGAGAUCUUGCUGCUGGAGGGGCUGUCUAGCCUUCCUGUGCUAGAGGAGCGGGUUUUGGAUUGGCAAUCAUCUCCAGCCAGCUCCCUCAACAGCUGGUUCUCUGCGGCUCCCAACUGGGCAGAGUUGGUGUUACCAGCCCUGCAGUAUCUUGCUGGAGAAAGCCGUGCUAUACCUUCCAGUUUCUCUCCAUUUGUUGAAUUCAAAGAGAAAACCCAGCAGUGGAAAUUGCUUGGCCAGUCCCAAGAUAAUGAAAAGGAAUUAGCUGCACUCUUCCAACUGUGGCUAGAAACUAAAGACCAGGCCUUCUGUAAGCAAGAAAAUGAAGACAGUUCAGAUGCCACAACACCUGUUCCUCGGGUAACUGACUAUGUGGUACGGCCCAGCACGGGGGAGGAGAAACGAGUUUUUCAGGAGCAGGAGCGUUACAGAUACAGCCAACCCCAUAAGGCGUUCACCUUUCGCAUGCAUGGCUUUGAGUCUGUCGUGGGGCCCGUGAAGGGCGUGUUUGAUAAGGAGACCUCACUCAACAAGGCUCGGGAGCACUCCCUGCUGCGCUCUGACCGGCCUGCCUAUGUCACCAUCCUGUCUCUUGUUCGCGAUGCCGCAGCCCGGUUGCCUAACGGAGAAGGCACUCGGGCAGAGAUCUGUGAAUUGCUCAAGGACUCCCAGUUUCUUGCACCAGAUGUCACCAGCACUCAGGUGAAUACGGUAGUGAGUGGUGCCCUGGAUCGCCUACAUUAUGAAAAAGACCCGUGUGUGAAAUAUGACAUCGGACGAAAGCUGUGGAUCUACCUGCAUCGUGACCGGAGCGAGGAAGAGUUUGAGCGGAUUCACCAAGCACAAGCAGCUGCAGCUAAAGCCAGAAAAGCCCUUCAGCAAAAACCCAAGCCCCCAUCCAAGGUGAAGUCCAAUAGCAAGGAGAGUUCAGUGAAGGGCCUCAGCAGUGGCCCUUCUGAGCAAAGCCAGAUGAGCCUCAGUGACUCCAGCAUGCCACCCACCCCAGUCACACCUGUGACCCCCACCACUCCAGCUUUGCCUGCCACUCCCAUCUCCCCUCCACCUGUGUCUGCAGUCAACAAAAGUGGCCCUACUACUGUCUCAGAGCCAGCUAAAUCUAGCUCAGGCGUUCUUCUGGUAUCUUCACCAACAAUGCCACAGCUAGGAACAAUGCUUUCCCCAGCUUCCAGUCAGACUCCACCAAAUUCUCAGGCUGCUGCCCGUGUUGUGAGCCACUCUGGCUCAUCUGGACUCCCCCAGGUGCGGGUGGUAGCCCAGUCUAGCCUUCCUGCUGUUACUCAGCAGUCAGCAGCGCCAGCACAGACACUGCCACCAAUGUCAGCAGGACCACAGAUUCGUGUUCCAGCCACUGCUGCACAGACCAAAGUCGUGCCCCAGACAGUAAUGGCCACCGUUCCAGUCAAAGCUCAGACCGCAGCAGCCACCGUGCAGCGGCCAGGACCCGGACAGACGGGACUCACAGUGACAAGUCUUCCUGCCACAGCCAGCCCUGCGAACAAGCCAGCCACAAGUUCUCCCGGGAGCUCUGGUCCAAGUGCUUCCGCAGCCACAGUCAUUCAGAAUGUUACUGGACAGAACAUUAUCAAGCAGGUGGCAAUCACUGGGCAGCUUGGUGUGAAGCCCCAGGCGGGCAACAGCAUCCCACUCACAGCCACUAACUUCCGUAUCCAGGGUAAGGAUGUAUUGCGUCUGCCACCCUCUUCCAUCACCACAGAUGCCAAAGGCCAGACUGUUCUGCGAAUCACUCCGGAUAUGAUGGCCACAUUGGCCAAGUCCCAGGUUACUACAGUCAAAUUGACCCAGGACCUCUUCGGGACAGGAAGCGGCACUGUAGGCAAAGGCAUCUCUGCUACCUUGCACGUCACUUCCAAUCCAGUCCAUGCCACUGAUAGCCCUGCCAAGGCCAGUUCAGCCAGUGCCCCUUCAUCCACUCCAACAGGUACCACCGUGGUUAAGGUGACUCCCGACCUCAAGCCAGCAGAAGCCUCGAGUUCAUCUUUUCGCUUGAUGCCAGCACUUGGUGUGAGUGUGGCAGACCAGAAGGGGAAAAGCACAGUGGCCUCUUCAGAAGCCAAGCCAGCUGCCACAAUCCGCAUCGUGCAGGGCCUGGGAGUGAUGCCUCCCAAAGCCGGCCAGACCAUCACAGUUGCAACCCAUGCCAAGCAAGGGUCCUCUGUGGCCAGUGGGUCUGGGACUGUUCACACUUCUGCAGUGUCCUUGCCCAGUAUGAAUGCUGCUGUGUCCAAGACUGUGGCUGUGGCUUCUGGGGCGGCCAGCACCCCCAUCAGCAUCGGCACCGGAGCCCCGACUGUGCGGCAGGUGCCUGUCAGUACCACGGUGGUUUCCACGUCCCAGGCUGGGAAGCUGCCUACACGGAUCACAGUUCCACUCUCUGUGAUUAGCCAGCCUAUGAAGGGCAAAAGUGUGGUCACAGCCCCCAUCAUCAAAGGCAACCUUGGAGCCAACCUCAGUGGGUUGGGCCGUAAUAUCAUCCUCACCACCAUGCCAGCAGGUACUAAGCUCAUUGCUGGUAAUAAGCCUGUGAGUUUCCUCACUGCCCAGCAGUUGCAGCAGCUUCAGCAACAAGGUCAGGCCACACAGGUGCGCAUCCAGACUGUCCCUGCAUCCCAUCUUCAACAGGGAACAGCUUCUGGUUCAUCCAAAGCAGUCUCCACUGUUGUUGUGACCACAGCUCCAUCUCCUAAGCAGGCACCUGAACAACAGUGAUUCUGAGAGAAAGAUGGCUUCCAUAAAAGCCCAUACCUGGUCUGCCUUUCUGGCUAAAAGGAAGGGAGGUCGCAUCUAAGCUUGUCUGUCUAAGGAAGGCCAGUAGUGGGAUGAUGGCAGCAGUGGCCAGGAUUCUGCUGCCACACUCCACAGUGGAGGACAGUGAGAAAGGUUCACUCCAGGUCUGUUCUGUACUGAUCCAGGAGAAGCGUCUCUCUUAGAAUUGUGUGAGGUCACAGUUGUGUCACACAAGCCAAAGUUCUGUCCUGAGAGGAGGAUACCGAGAGAGGGCUUACAGAGUGCAGACAGUGAAUAAGCCUCGUGCUAUAUGUGGAUCGUAUUUUUUAGCUUCUGGUCCUCUCUGUGACUAGUGAUCUGAUAGGGGUUUUGUGUCCAUAAAUUUUUACGUAACUUAUUUUUUUAAAGAACCUGUUGUACAUGUUUGUCAAAUAGAAACCUGGGCUUUAGCCCCCCUAAACUGAUUACUUGCUCUUUUGACCAGAAUGAGAAAAUAGCAAGAUUCUUAUAAGCUGGUGGCUUAUUACUUGGUAACUACAUAGAAAUGAAGAGGCUUUAAGAUGGGAAAGACACAUCGGAAGUGAGAUUGUGUGGGUUCCCUCAAAUGGGACUGGUUUGACACUACCUCUUAAAGGUGGGGUAUCAAGAUCCUGAUUGUGGUCUAUAUCUUCACCGGCUGACUUUGUCCUCCUUAUCAAGCCUGUUCACAUGCAGGUCCACAGCCAGUGGACACAGUAGGUGAAUGCCAGCAGAGAUGUUGCUUUUGUAGCACAAACUCUGUUUCAGUUCAGAGGUUAUAUACUCUCCUUUGCUCCAGAACAAGAGUCAGCAAACCAUGGCCCUUGGGCUGGCCACCUGUUUUUGUCAGUAAAGUUUUGUUGGAAUACAACCCGUGCCCAUUCGUUUAUGUGUUAUCUCUAGCUGCUUUCAAUUUAAAGGCAGAAUUGAAUAGUUGCCAUAGAGACUAUAUGGCCUCAAACUUAGAAUACUUUUUAGGUGGUUCUUUAAGUAAAACUUUGCUGACUUCUACUCCAGAGUAGAGGUGGCAGGAAGAGAGUAGGUGCCCCUCCCAGGCAGCACCAACCACAGAAGAGGUCAAUCUGGAUUUGCAAGUCAUUUAAUCCUGGCUAUUUCACACUUCUCAGCCUCCAUCAAGCUAUAGGCAGAGCUCAGAAUGAAAUUCUAAAAUGUCAUAUUUAAUUAAAGCACUGGUUGUUAAUAAUAUAUGCCUCUUUUGUAUUGGAGCAGGGGUUGGGUGGUAAAGCUUUUUCUGCGAUGACAGGGCUUCCUUAUCUCUUGAAAGUAUCCAGAUUAUUAAAAAUGUCUUUAAUCUGUGGAAAUUUAGUGAUGAUACUUCAUGGGGUUGGCAUGAGGAAGUGGAAUGGGAGGGCGGAAAAUUGGGAUGGCCUAGUUUAGAGGGUGUCGCUGGGUGGAAGUUGAGUGAUUAGGCGAGUUGCAGAGGAGCAGAGACAGUGGCUUGUUGGUGACGCAGUGGUUUUACAGACAUCUCAUUUGAGUCUUAAAGCAGUUCUAUCAAAUAGAUAGUAUCGUCCCUGUUUGUGAGAAAAUGCAAGUCUCAGUGGAAGUUAAAGAGAACCAAGAUGUAAAUCCAGUCUUCUAAGUCGAGUGCCCUUUCUGCUGCCUUCCUGAGGAGAGGAUGCUCUGAUGUGUCAUGGUGAGACUUGGGGACGAGCUGGAAUUAACAGUGGUAGGUUUGGGUUACAAAGAGCAGAGGUGAAUUGGCUGAGGUAAGAUUGAGCUUUUGAGGGAUAGUAGAGGGCUGGCACAGAAGUAAGAUUGGUAAUGGUGAGAGGUAGGGACUGCAGUAAAGGAGGCGAAUUUUAUGAGUAAAGGAGACUGCAUCUGUGUUUUAUAAUGCUUUCAUAUUUGCAUGUCAUUAUUUCCUGGAGUCCCAUUUCACACGAAAAGUCCAUGUGACAGUUUCUAAAUGAGAAAAAGGUAGAAAUUUGAAGAAUCCUGUCUCAGGUAUUUACUGCUGGUUAAAACAAACUUCCUCUGAAUUUACUUAACAAAUGAUUUCAUAAAAGUAGCUCUGGUAUUCAUCCCCAACUCUACCCCACACUUAUUUACUGAAGUCACCUGACUGCCUGUCUCCUUAUUGCCCGCAGACAUUUAUAGUACAUCCGAGGACAGGUAUGUUUCAGGAUGCCUGUGUAGGACUGACUCCCUGGGAAGCAUAAUUGGGCACUGGCCAGCCUGUCAGUGGAGCACAUAGGAUGGAAAUCCCCUAUUGGAGUUCAAGUGAUGUCACCAGCAUUUUUACCAAACAUGGUUCCUUGGAUGCAGACCUCAGAGGUCUUAAAGAGAUUUGGCUCUGGUGGGUGUUUGGGGGGAACAAUUCCAGAAGAACUUGUGGCGGCCUCAGUGUCUGGUUGACAGAGAUUGGUAAAAUUCAGACCAUGUGUCUAAGACUUUUCUUAGAUGCAUUUGGAGAAUAGCAUUGUGAUGAGUUUGUACUUUAAUACACAUGUAAGAAUGUUUAUGCAAGAGUCUGUAUUACUUCCGUGAAGGUAUCCCCAACCAUGCUGUGAAAGGGGCAUCCAAAUAAAUUUUAAUGUUUUAUAUUUAAUCUUCACACCUCAUCUCACUCUGGAGAAAAUACUGCGUUUCCUUAAAGUAUUCUGCCCCACCCCUUUUUAAUCAAAACAGAGAUCUUCACUUUGGAAGUAAAACCAACUUCUUUCUUCCCACCUCCAGUCCCUAAGGAAAGAACAUGUUUUACAUUAAUUGCCAACAUUAGAUCCUCUAGUCCUUGAAUGAAUGUUUGGGUUUCUACUCAGCAGGCAAACCAAAGUGGAUCCUGAAAGGGGACCAACAGGUUCUCUAAAAAUUGGUGUUUUCAAGCAGCUCAUUCUUACCCCUUAAGCUGUGACUUCAACUCUGAAAUGCUGGCUAAGUCUGGGAGCUUACCUUUCACUGAGUACAAUGUUUCUUCAAGCGCAUACAGUGCUUCAGAUAAAUGAUCUCUGCCAUAUUUGUGUUAAUAUGGGGUAGAGGCUAAGUAAGCUGGCUUGAAUUCUUCUGAAGACUGGUUCUGCAACUUAGUAGCUGUGUGGCCUUAGGCUAAUCAACUUCUCUGAAGAACCUGAUGUACUUAACAUUACAGGUGGUUGUGAGAAAUAAGUGAGAUACAUAUUUCAAAAUCUGAAAAAUGCCAAACAAAUGAAUGGUACUGUUUGGUCUAUAAGACUUUUCAAAUUUGUCCUAACCUUCUUUUACCAGUUUAUAGAACUUAAUAUAUUUAACUCUCCAUGUUCUUUCUUCAUUGCCUUUGUGCAGACUUUUCUCUUGGCCUUGAAUGUGCUUUUUUCUAUGGGGCAAACUUCCCACUUGUCUUCCCUCCUUUAUCUCUCAUGGUGUUUGUAUGUACUUACCCCGUUGGCACCAGUCACCCUGUAUGUAACUGCUUGCAUAUCUCUC